AUGAAUUCAUUUCGUUUAAACGUUCAAUCUAUUACUAUCGAAAUUUUCCAAGACUCUCUUAAAUACACGCAUCAACCUACUCAAAAGGAAGUCGUACUUGACCAUGAUAGUAUUGAAAAAGAAAUUGCUAAUGCAAAAUUUUAUAAAGACGGUUCAGAAAUAGUUAGACCCAUCUUGUCCGUAAAACAAGAACAUCCUACCAUUGAAAUUUAUAAUGGUGAUUGUUUGAGUUAUGCGUUGGAUAUAAAGAAAAAUUUAGGAUUAAAUCCUGUUGUACUUAAUAUGGCAAACGAUCAAGUUCCCGGUGGCAAUUAUCUUUAUGGUGCCGGUGCUCAAGAAGAAAACUUAUUUCGUCGUACCAAUCUUUUUCAAUAUCAUGAACCAAAACGCUAUGAAUGGUAUCCUAUUCCCAAUGCGGGUGGGAUCUAUUGUCCAAAUGCUACCGUGAUCCGUGCAAGUGAACAAGAAAAUUAUAUGUUUUUGGAAGUCCCAGAAAAGAUGUCAUUUGUGGCGGUUGCUGCUUUGUGUCAACCGACUCUUGUAAGAGAUUCCGAUGGUAAUGUCACUUUGGCUGAUGAUGAAAAAGAAUUAACACGACAAAAAAUUCGUUCAAUGUUGAAUAUUGGUUUGGACAAUGGUCAUGAUUGCAUAGUCCUUUCUGCUUUUGGUUGCGGUGCUUUUUCCAAUCCACCUUCGACUAUAGCUCAAUUAUUCUAUGAAAUAAUUUCCCAGGAGUACGAUGGUGAUGCCGAAAAUUUACCAAAAACUUAUCGUCAUAUUGGCUUUGCUAUUUUUGAUGAUGAAGCUGCAACGCAGUGGAAAGAUGGCGAAGGUAAUUUUUUACCUUUUAAAAAAGUAUUUGCAAAUGGAUUACAUUCCAGCCGUCAACCGAAUGAAUAA